UGUUGGAUGUCAGGUGUCCACAUACUUUUCGCCAUGUGAUGUAUAUAUGUCCCAGCUUUCUCUCUGUGAACUUGAUCACAAAAUCUGGAUUUUGAUGAAACGGUAAAAUAACUAUGGUAGGAUAAAGAAAGGAGUUUUACUUUGACUAGGUUGUCUCCAAAUACAAGACAUUCACUCAUUAGCUAGGCUCCUUUAAAUAAAUCAGAAAUUUCCCAAGGAGACUUGCAGUUUGCAAUACGCGAAGGAAGCCUGGAAUGCAAACUACAAAGAUUCACGCUACAUUGUCGAUUUAUUUAUUUUUAUUACAAAGUACUUCGUUAUCUAACUUAUUUAUGUCUUCCUUAUUUAACUAUUUCGUGGAUUUAAAAUUUAUUCUUGAGUAGAUUAAGAUAAAGUCAGGCAAUAAUUUGAAAAAAUACUCAUUUUUAGUCUAAAACAGUUUUGUCAUUAUGCUUAGGACUGAGACUGCCACAUUCCGUGCCGGAUGGACCGCAUUCUUGGUGAAUGAAAUCUGUCAGCUUCUGCUGAUCAGUCUGCGUUUAACGGCAAGACUUGUUUAACAAGACGGGCUGACUCACAGUGCUUGAAUAUUCGUUUAGAACUUCAUUGCAAGACCGAAACCGUCGCAGACGCCAGUGAGAGAGGAACGUGCGCGCAAGUGUUAUGAAUGUAUUUUCUUGCCGGAGUACUUUGUAGUUUCCUGAAAAAGAGUGUUUUCCAAGGAGAUACCGUAGAACAAAACACCGGAUUGUUGCUUCUUUGCGAAGACUCAAAAAAGUAUGAUUUUCGCUAAAAAGUAGGCUAAUCGCAACACAGUGCUGUUCUCGUUUCAUUCAGAGGAUAAGACGACACGCACAAUGGAGCAGGAGGCUUCAUUGGACUUUAAAGCCCUAAGGGCCAUGUUUCAGGAAGAGGCUACUUUGAAACAGAUGAAGAACAAACCUGCCAUUCCAGAGAAGCCAAAACUCAUCCCCCCCCCUGGCGCUCGAGUUUCCCUUCUGAGCUCCAUCAGUGCAGCUGUGGAGAGCAAGAAUCCAGUCAUACCCAGAGUGGUCUUCAAAGAUGCUAAGACUGGAUCUGAGGCAAAAAGGCCCCUGCCGUUACCAGUGCCCAUUAAACCCCCUGUUAGAGAUUCAAACUUUAAUACAGAAGUGCCGGACCAUCAACAGAAGAAAGAGGGAAAUGUGGUGAAGUUAGCCUUCAAAGACAGAAAAUUGCCCCUUGUGCUGCCAGUACCUCCAGUGGUAGGUAAAUCUAACCCAGCUCCUCCAGCAAAAAGUGUCCCACCAAAGAAGAAGUCUUUUCUCCCCUUUAAAUCAAAAUUCUCUAAGGCAGCAAAAGAAUCUACAGGAAUCACCACAGGUCUCACUAACACCAGCGAGGCACCCCUCAACACCAGCGAGGGUCCCCUCAACACCACAGAGGUUCCCCUCGACACCAGUGAGGUUCCCCUCAACACUAUCGAGGUUCCCAUCAACACCACUGAGAGUAUCGUCAACCCCAGCAUAAGUCCCGUCGACACUACUGAGGGUCCUGUCAACACCUUGGGGGAUCCCACCAUGGAGAGUCCUCCCAACACCAAUGAGGCUCCCCCCAACAUCAGUGAGGCUCUCCCCAACAUCAGUGAGGCUCUCCCCAACAUCAGUGAGGCUAGCCCCAACAUCAGUGAGGCUCCCCCCAACAUCAGUGAGGCUCCUCCCAACACCAGUGAGGGUCCCAUCAGCAUCAGUGAGGCUCCUCCCAACACCAGUGAGGGUCCCAUCAGCAUCAGUGAGGCUCCUCCCAACACCAGUGAGGGUCCUAUCAGCAUCAGUGAGGUCCCCCCCAACACCAGUGAGGGUCCCAUCAGCAUCAGUGAGAGUCCCACUGAAAUCAGUGAGAAUCCAGCCGACACUAGUGAGGGUCCUGCCAGCAUCAGCGAAGAUCUCCAUAGCAUAAGUGAAGGUUCACCCAACACCUCUGAAAGUGGCUUCAACAUCGAUGACAUACCACUACCAAUACUACCACCAAUGGUAGCUGAGGAGAUCGACGGGGAGACCCCAAUACUGGAGAAUGGGAACAUCCCCCACGAUCUUGGCUUGUGCUCUGAACCCCAGGCUCCAAGUUCAGAGUUGCUGGAUGCUCCACCCUUUGGAGAUGAUACGGCAGACCAAGAGUCCACUGGGAGCAGGACCCCACCCUGUGACCAGCGUGUUCUAAACGCUCUUGAAAAAGCAAAGAAGAAAUUUGUACCUUUUACCUCGGCCAGACCCACGAGCGCUUCCCCUGUCAAUGGGGAUCAGCCAGGUGAAAUGACCCCCAGCCGGCUGUGCCCUGAGCUGCCCCCCAUAGACUAUGAGGAUCCGUUUGGACGAGUAUCCUCUGCAGCAUCUGUUUCUCCAGACAAUAAGAUUGAUGGCUCACCUCUUAGGCACUCCUCGCCUUCUAUUGAAGGGGGUGUAGAACUGGGGAUGGAGGAUAUAAUUCCUCCCCCAAGAAAGUUUCUCCCAGACUUGGAAUCUUUGGGCCCUUCGCCUGAGAAGCCUGCAAGACCUCCAUUCAUGGAUCUCAGUCCUUACGAGACCACAGCUCCAGAGGCUUAUGUGGAGAAUGCACUGGAGGCACCAGCAGUUCCGGAUCUAUCAUUUGCAGCACCUGAACUUGACACUCCCGAGUGUGUGCCCGUUGAGUUUGAGGUUCCACAAAUAGAGGCACCUGAAGUUCCAGACAUUCAGGCAUCAGACUUUGAAGCCCCACAGCUGUUGACUCAUGAAGCGGGGGUUUUUGAUUAUGCUGAGCCUGGGACUCCGGAUCUUGGUGCUUUGAAUGUUGGAGCACCAGACCUUGGUCCUCCGGAAUCAGGGGAUGUUAAACUUGGGGUUCCAGUGUUUGGAUCUCAAGAAACUGAGACUCCAGAGGCCGAGGCUUCAGGAAUCACUGUCCCUGACUCUCCUGUUUCACCCAUUAACAAAGAAAGUGAGCCACAACCAGGACGCCAGCAGGAGGAGAGCCAUUAUGAAAGCUGUGAUAACGUUUAUGAGGAUGUGGAAGCUAACAAAUUUCGGCGAGGUCAAAAUGCUCGAAAACGCAAAGGAGCCCCAAAAAAUCCCUAUGCUGAUUCUCAGCCGGUGAAUGAAGAGUCUCACAAGAGUUCGUGGUUCUUUAAUUCACGAAAUGAGCGAAAGGCAAGCCCAGAGGCUCACGAUGACAAAGAACUGAAGAAAAAAGAAAAGCAGCGUUUGGAGAAAGAGAAAAAAGAACAGAAAGAGAGGGAGAAGAAAGAAAAUGAAAUGAAGAAGAAGUUCAAAAUCACAGGGCAGGAGGAGCCCAUGUACCAGGCCAAGGUUAUCUUACCGAGUAAGGGCCGGAAGGACGACCUGCCCGUAAAGAGCGGGGACAUUGUCAGCAUUAUCCGAACCACCAACUGUCCCAAAGGGAAAUGGCUGGCCAGAGACGGCAACAACAAGUAUGGGUACAUCUCUGUGAAAAGUGUAGAGCUGGAUAUCAAGGAGAUGCUGGAGCUGGGGAAGAAGGCAUCCCAGGCUGCAGGCCGCACCACUGCAGUUGAGGGAGAGACCGUCAGUACGGGGAGCAGGUCCUCUAAUCACCACCCUUUGUCCACUAGCUUUACAGACGACAGUGAGGAAUGGACGUGUGACGAUGAUGACACUUUGUCGCCCACAGAAAACAUAGGGAACAGUCAGACUGCCCCAGUGGUUGAUGUGUAUAGCAACCAUGCAGACGCUGUUGAUGGUGGCAACUUGGAGGGCAACAAUAUGCAAGCAAGACACGAAGCACUUCAGAAACUGGCUACCUUCUUCCAGCAGCCCAGAGAAACCACUGAACCUGGGAUAGAUGACAGUACUACAGAGGGAACUGAAGAACCAUCCAGCCUUCUGUUUCCUGUGGAGGAGUCGAGCUACCUCGAGCACGAGGAAGUCAUGGAGAUCCUUCCUCCCCCGGAGCUGUAUGCCGACAGCGUGAAUGACGACCUGCCCUCCCUGCCCACGAUUGGAGUGGAAUGAACAGUUUGAAAAUCGGACGUCUAUCGCAGGGCCUCCACUUGGCCAGCCACAUGUCACCAUUGUUGACUGUUUCAGGGUGGAGAAAGGCAUAAUUCAUCCAAGACACUGGGAAAAUGAAAUGUUUGUCAAGUUAAGACUCUCUUGUGCUGUACCGAUGAAGAAUGAGAAACUGUUUUUUUCAUUUUUUUAAACAUUUUGUUUAGUAAUGAAGCUUUUGAGGGGUUGGUGAGAGUCCAGUCUCAGAAAGAACCAGGAUUCCCAAGGUCGUUGGAUGGAAUUGCGCAUUUUGUCAGCGAGUGCCUGUGGUGAACUGCGUGUGAUGUGUGAUUAAAGUAAAUUGAAAAUCUUUUCACCUUCAGGUCAAGAACUGUUCAGUUUGGAUUUGAGGGAAAGUAGAAAAAGAUUGAAACGGUGAUUAUAGUAAUAAUGAAAUGUAAUAAUAGGGGCGAAAGGUCUUUCUGAUGUUUGAAACUUAAGUGAGGUCAGUGACAACAGUUACUUUACUGGUUCAAAGAUUACAAAUGCAUUACAGAGAUCAUAAGAGCAAAUGGCUCUAUUGACUGGACAUUGUUGAUGGUGAAAUUCAUCAGUCAGACUUACUUUCUUAACUUAGAAACGAGUGUUGAUAAACAUUGAACUUCAUCACUACCACUGAAUAUCAGGUCCACAUUUAACAGAUUCAUUGGUCCAAAAAACUAUCCAUUGUUAAACUGUUACAACAGGAACUUUGUGGGUAGAGAUUUGUUAUACAUUUGAUAAAUUAAAGUGUCUUUACUGAGUGAAUGUUUACUCUCUAAUAUACAAAACAAGUAUAAUGGAGGUUCUUUGAAUUUAUAACUAGUAUUAGGAACGGGGAUAAAGUCUUUAUGAUAUUGUGCUUUGUGUGGCAUAUUUCUUUGUCUUUUGCUGUUGAGCAAAAUAUAUAUAUAUAUAUAUACGUAUCAGUAUGUUUCUUUAUGAUCUAUUACAAAUAAUAAGUAUUCUUUUUGUAAGGGCACCUCCUGUUUAACUGAAUGUGAAAAUGCAAACAAUAACCAAUCGUAUUAAUGAUUGAUGUAUGUGACUCUGAUGUACUUGCAUAUCGGUGUGAAAGGAAGAUAAAGAUGGUCUCAAGCAUGAUUUUAGGUUCCAUUCACCAUUCCUUGAUCUAUUUAUCAACCCAUCUCUCUCUGUCAAUCAGGUGGUGCAUUUCCUAUCAUCAUGAAUUAAGGUUGUAUGUCCUUUCUCUUGGUCAUCAAGCUAUAAGCUCAUCAAGCUUGACUGAGUCUUACCAGACUCUCACUGCUUUGGUGAAGUUUGAGUGUUGACAUAGAUGCACACUCAAUACACUGGUAGAAUGAAAAGUCCUAUGAAUGUGAAUUCAAUAAAUGUCAUAAACAAUA